GUUUAAUGCAACUGCCAAGGUCGUGCUUUCGGCAGUAGACAUUGUUCUGUCUGGUAAGGCGGGAUUUGUCUGGACGAUUGGGUGUGGGUAUUUAUUGUUUUCGUCGUUAUAUAAUGAAAGGGAGAUCUAUCAGUUGACUAUAAAUUUAGUUAAAGAACAGCAUAUUUUAUGUGUUAGUCAGGCGCAAAGGACUUUUUCAAAUAGGCGUUUUCACAUUAUGAGUGAAUUCCUUUCGGGAAUUAUGUGUUACCUUGUCAUACAUUCUAUCGUUUUCACCUUUCCUGGUAGAAGUAACUCCCAAAACCUCAUUCGCGUAUGACAGUUGCGUUCUAUGCAGAUCUUGAAUGUCGUUUCUAUAUGUAAUGUACAUUCUUACUAAUUCAAACACAUUGGCAGUUUAUAUGAAUCAGUAUAGUACGAAAUUAGGUGUUUCCAAAAUCUCCCCGUACUCAUCACUCAAGUUGCUUGGUAGUGUUCGGAAAAAUUCUGGUCGUCUGUCGAGACAACAUAGAGAUAAUUACAAAAAAAGUGGUUGACCGAUGGCAAGCUCAUUUUAUUUGCGAUACUACGUUGGUCAUAAGGGCAAGUUUGGACAUGAAUUUCUUGAGUUCGAGUUCAGACCUGAAGGCAAGCUUAGAUAUGCUAACAACUCUAAUUAUAAAAAUGACACAAUGAUUCGGAAAGAGGUACCAUUACUUUAUAAUUCAAAUGAUACUCCAGGCGUACGUAAGCCCUUCUGUAAUGGAAGAACUGAAGAGAAUCGUGUUGGAGAGUGAUAUUAUGUCGGAAGAUGAUGCUUCGUGGCCAGUACCUGAUAGAGUUGGCCGUCAAGAGCUUGAAAUUGUUUGUGGCGAUGAACACAUAUCUUUCACAACUUCGAAAAUAGGAUCUUUGAUUGACAUAACGAAUAGCAAGGAUCCUGAAGGAUUAAGAACAUAUUACUACCUAGUUCAGGACCUGAAGUGUCUGGUGUUCUCGCUAAUUGGAUUGCACUUCAAAAUAAAGCCAAUAUAAUACGUCCCGUUUCUUAGUAUUUUUUCUGCUUCAGCUUAUCUUUUUGGGCAACUAGGAGCAAGCCACCAAUAAUUUGAACAAAAAGGAUACCCGGUUGGUGUACAGUAGCAUUGUAAUUUCGAGCAAAGUAAAGAUGAACGUAUAAAUCCAAUUUCGUGUCAUAGGUUGAAAAAUCCUAUAAUUUUAGUAUCGAUACAUGGCUUUCGAC